UAGUUCAAUUUUCUGGAAGUAGUGAAUAUUUCUUUUUUGGGGACGAAAGACGCGAAAAGCUCAAAUAAAGGGACGAUGGUGAAUUUACAUCUUGCGAAGAUUGACGAAACUUUGUAAGCAGUUUUUGCAAUGGUAGCGCUCAAUUUCAACUAUAUUUUUCCACAACUGAAUCACUCCCUCAUCCAGACCCGGAAUCGGGAACUUUUUCAAGUUCCAGUUUCAGAUUCAAAGAUAUGUUUGUGAUUCAGAUUCAGCCAAAUCAUAUUCCCAAUUAAGAUUCAGAUUCAGAGACUUCUCAGCACUACUACUAUUCAGUUUAAGGGAAAACGAUGGAAAACCGAUUUGCUUACCUCGAGGAUGGACAAUUCUACCCUGUCAAUGUCAUCACCAAACUUUCUAAAGUCACCUUCCCGAGUGCACUCCUUUCUGUUAUAACAUCAAUUGCUAUAAAGAUUAUUUUAGUUUGCAUAUUCCUGAUGUAUAUUUACUGUGAAUUUGAUUAUGAAAGGCAGGCUGGUGGUUUCAGAUUAGGCAAAUUAAGAGCUCCUAGAAUAGCUGAAAGACUCAAGCCUGAUGAUGAUGGGGGGAAUAAGGAUGGAGAAGCAUCUAGUGGGAGUGAUGUGGAGGAUGAUGGUCCCUUACUUAUGGAUGAGGAAGAGAGGCAAGAAUGGAGGAGGAAGAUUAGAGAAGUGAUUGAUAUGAAUCCGGAUGUCCAAGAGGAGGUAGACCCUGUCGAGAGGAGGAAGAAGAUGCAGAAGCUUUUGGCUGAUUAUCCACUUUUUAUGGAGGAGGAUGAUCCUGAUUGGCCCGAAGAUUCUGAUGGGUGGGGUUUCAGCUUGGGUCAAUUCGUCAACAAGAUUACUAUUAAAAAUGUCAAGGACAAUGAUGAUGAGAAUUAUGAUAGUGAAAAUGAAUUGGUGUGGCAAGAUGACAAUUACAUUCGUACAAUCAAAGACAUCACCACUAGAAAAUGGGAAGAGACUGUAUUCAAGGACUUCAGUCCUUUGAUUGUCCUUGUGCAUAAUCGAUAUAGAAGAUUGGAAGUGAUAUGAUCUUCUGAACUUCUAGUUGCUUCUGCAAUGCUAUGAUCUUCUUCUUUUGGUGCCUCGUACUGUAUUACAAAUUCAUGGAGAUUCUUCUGUUAGUCUUCCAGAAGCAGCAGAUUAGCAUCAUCUCUCUCUCUCUCUCUCUAGGUUUAGCCUAUAUUCCUUGGUAACAACUACCCUUGUAUCAAUUUUCAAUUUAUGUGAUUGAUGGCCAUCUGGUUUACACAUUGAAUCUGGGUUGAAUCUUCGCAUUCUAUUUGUAGAAUUCACUUCCAAUGGGUCAAUGCACAUGGACUAAUAAUUGGUCUUCUGACCUUUUCCAUAUACUACUUAUGAUUGCUCAAGUCUCACAAUUUCAUGUGUGCUUACAGCAAUCACUGUCUAAUAAGGGAAAGAAAAAUUAUGUUUGUUAUUUAGGCCUAGUUUGGCUACUGCCAAAAAAGUGCACUUAUUUCAUCUUUUUUGGGUCACAUCAAUCAACAUCUCCUUUCUACUUUUUCUACACAUAAUACAAAAAAAGUCAAAAAGUGUACUUAUUUAGUUUUCCCAAACUAACCUUAAUUUCUAGAGGCUUGGGUCAAUUAAUUGGAGAUGCUUAUUGAGAUUUGAAACUUUCAUGGUU